UUAUGCUUAGAUCGUUAUAUUAAUGUUUGCGUCGUCAAUUCCAUGCUCGUAUCACAGUUAUUCGAAAUUCUUGUGAACUAACCGAGACUUUGCGUUAUCUGAUAUCUAAACCAUCUUGCGCACGUGAUCACGUUUCUGGUCUCUCAAUCUAUAAGUUCCUAACGUUUGUUAGAAUUUUGCAAUAAAUCGUCUUAUGAUAUUAGAGUUUCUUGAGUAACAUUUCUUUAUAAACGUAACGAUUUUCCCGCCAAUUCUAUUUUGUCAUUAGUCGCAGCCGUGACCGUUAAAGCAACACGUGCACGUGAUUCCCUCAAGUGAUUAUAAGAAACGAAAUGGAGACGAAAGAAAUAGUCGAUUUAAAAGAAUUAGCAGUGGAAUUGUAUGAUAUUCAGGCCGUGAAAUUCGGAGAAUUUAAGACAAAAAUUGGCCUAACAACACCAAUAUAUUUUGACUUGCGGAUGAUAAUUUCUUAUCCUAAAUUGAUGUUAAAGUUAGCGAAAGCUCUGUGGACACUACUGGACGAUCCUACAAAAGUAUCCCGAAUCUGUGGCAUUCCAUACACUGCACUGCCAUUAGCCACCUUGAUAUCGGCGCUGGAGGGAGUCCCCAUGUUAAUGAAGAGAAAAGAGGCAAAGUCAUAUGGUACAAAGAAAUUAAUUGAGGGUGCCUUCUUGCCUGGCGACACCUGCGUGAUCAUUGAGGAUAUUAUCACAAGUGGUAGCAGUGUCCUAGAGACUGUCGAUGUGUUGAAGAAGGAAAAUCUGAACGUGACAGAGGCUUAUGUGAUCAUCGAUAGGGAGCAGGGUGGCAGAAAGAAUCUCGAGAAUCAUGGAAUCAAAGUCAAAAGUCUGUUUGUGAUAACGGAAUUUAUGAAAUACCUCCUCAAAGCUGGCAAGGUUACGCCUGAAUUAGUCAAGAAUGUUAACAAUUACUUGGCAAUGAAUCAAGCACCAAGCAUUUCCAUGCAAGGCGUGCCAGACGACAGAUUGAAGUUGUCAUAUGGUAAACGCGCCAAGUUAACAACAAAUCCGUUGACUUCGAAGCUACUGAAACUAAUGGAAUCAAAGCGAACAAAUCUCUGUUUGGCAGCCGAUUUGAAGGAAAUGGAUGCGAUUUUGGAAUUAGCGGACGUGGCGGGGCCUCAUAUCGCAGUCUUGAAGACUCAUGUAGAUAUUAUAGACAAUUUUAACGAAACCUUCAUUCUUCGGCUUAAAGAACUAGCGAAGCAGCACAAAUUUUUAUUGAUGGAGGACCGUAAGUUUGGCGACAUUGGCAACACGGUAUCCUUGCAGUACAGGCAUGGCUUGUACAGGAUCGCCGAAUGGGCUGAUUUAAUCACAGCUCAUUCGGUACCGGGUGCAUCUACCAUUGACGCGUUGAAGAAAGCUUUGGAGAACAUCACUGAACCCCGCGGUAUUUUUCUGGUUGCCGAGAUGUCGUGCAAAGAUGCAUUAACCACCGGUGACUAUGUCAAGAGAACAGUCUCGAUAGCAGAGGAAGCUUCCGAUCUGGUGGUAGGUCUAGUGUGCCAAUCCAAUCUCUUGGCGCAACCCGGACUGCUGCAAUUAACACCCGGUGUCAAACUAUCUAAAAGUGAUGACGGUCUAGGUCAGCAAUACAACAAUCCGCAAUCGGUUAUUAAUGCAGGUGCCGAUUUAGCAGUCGUUGGUAGAGGUAUCACGGAAUCGCCUCACGGUUAUCUAAAGGCCACUUUAGAAUAUAAAAGAGAACUUUGGAAAGCGUACGAAGAACGAAUAGACACAUUCAAAACGUGAUACUAUUAAGUGAUAAUUUAAGUGAUAUAUACUUUACAAAUUAUUUUUAUACGAUUUUAUCUCCUGUUCCAGUUAGAGCUGUACAGUUGUUUUUCUUUUUUUUUUUGUAAAUGUUACAUUCCGUUACUAAUAUUGCUAUAAUACUUUAGAUAACAGAUUUUUAAUUCAGUUUUCACAAUUUUGUUGACAGAGUAAAAAUAUAAAUUAUAUAUUAGACACAUAAAAUUAUAUUAUGUUUUCAAAUUUUUUUAAAAAUACAAUGUAUUAAAGUGUGGUGAUCAUAGGAGUUGUGUAACUGCCCUCUGUGCCAAAAAUUCAGAUUCCAAUUUCUAAUUAUCUGAUUUUAAUAAAAUUUUAUGGGUAUGUAGUAUUCACUCAAACAUUUACUACAAUAAAAUCGGAAGUUGCGAUAUUUUGACAUUUUCGAGAAAAUAACAAUUAAAUAUUUCCAGCACUUAUAAUACCGUUACGGAAGAAAUUUUGGUCAUUACAGUAUUUGCUGUGUUUUUAUAAAAGCUGAAUUUUAGUUACUGGUAACAGAAAUUUUUACAUGUGUAUACUAUAUUUACAUAAUUUGAGAAGUAUGGUACAUAUUAAUUUUUUAAUUUUAGUCUAACUUGAAGGCCUUAAAUGUGAAUUUCGAAUAAUAGAGGAAAAGAGGGUAAUAUGACACCUAUUUUAUAUUUUAAUAUAUUGUAAAUAUCAAUUUUUCUUUAAUAUUUCAAUAUUUAUUGCGUUUUUGUCUAUGUAAAUUGACAAUUACGCGUAUUCUUUAUUUGCAACUGUUGUGGAGUAAGCCUUUAUAAAAAAGAAAAAAAAAGAUUUGAAAUAAUUUGCUCACAAGGAAACAGAUAAAUGACUUCCUGCCUUAUUAAAUGUGCGGAAACCGCGACAAUCGUGAAUGCAAAAUGUAAUUGUGCUGUGAGAUGUUAAAAAUACGAGAACGAUGUGGUGGACACUGUGGUGUUCGGCCACGUCUACCAGUAAUAAAAUUAUAUGCUCUGUGUGUAAGCCGAUUAGGUCUACACAUAUCUAACGAAACCUUAUGUUCAUUUGAAAGAUGUGCCAGCAGAAAUAAAUAUAUUAUUGCAUAA